CGAAAAACAAAGCCAGUACAGCGACCAUGACCGUCCGACGGUACCUCCAUGGCAGCGGCGACAAGCGCGAAGAGCCUGAAGCGAUGCUCCUCAUGUACACAUGGGUCUUGGCAAUGUCUGCCGGCAUGACUUUGGCCACGUGUUUCACAGUAUUCAAAUGGAACGAUGUCAAACGAGAUGCAGGUCACGGCACGAUGUUUAUGGUGUUCAUGUCCGAGUGUCUAUGGUCACUCAUGAAUCUCAUUCGCAACUUUGUCGUGUACGUGAAUAACCGACAAGACACACUUGACAACCUUUCGAUCCUGCGCUUGUCCAUUCCGUGCGAGGUGUUCUUCAACACGACGUCGCUGUGGUUCAUCCUCAUUGCGUACGAGAUCCAUCGACGGGCGCUUCAGCCUCGCUCCGAGUGCAGCAGUCGUGCCGCCAUGUUACGGUAUUCCCUUGCAAUCUACGGGCUCGCCGUAUGCAUGGUCGUGUCGCUGGUCGCGUGCGACGCCCUUGACCUUGAAUUCGACACCAUCGACGACGAAACUGGUAAGCCCAAGGUGGAACGUGUGGCAGAGUUCGUGUUGGAGAACAUGUCGUGGGCCACAUGGGCCGUUCGGUUGGCGUCCGUCUUCUUGGCUGGCGCUAUGGCCGUCCUGCUCUUUCGCAAGCGGCACCACGUGGCAUUCCACAAACUUCCCGCGGCCCUCGUCUGGAUCGUCGCGUUGUUUUGCCUCUUCAACAUCCCGUACCUGGUGCUCGAGCCCCUCUGUGACAUUGGCGUGAUCAAUGUAACACUUGUCCCAUGGAUGCCCAGUGCUCUGAAAUGUGCCACGUACAUGCAUGGAGCCGUCAUCGCCGUCAUCCUCGGCCAUUCGGUGUCCGGAUUUGACCAAUUCUUCCUCGUCAAACCGCGGUUGCGCUCCAAAGCCAUCGACUUUUUCGUCUGUUCCGAAAGCCAAAGUGCCAUAUUGAGUUAAAAGCAUUUGUGUUGUUUUGUGUUUAAUCGCACGUCAAAACCAUA